AUGGAGGAACGAAGAAACUUCGUUUUGACGAAUGAUACCCCUCUUCAGAAUUCCCUCACAUCACGAAGUGGAAAGAUGAAAACAGUUGCAGUUUCUGAUGUAAAGAGUAGUGUGGAAAAGGCCGGUAGUGUACUUCCAACCAUACCUGCCGCAUCCCAACAACCACAAUCACAAUCACAACAACUACGCUCUGCAAAGAAUAUAGAUGCGAGCAAAAAUCCAUUAGCACUAUUAGCUUCUGAGAGCCGUGCCACUGCACAGAGAAAUAUCGCACAGGGACGCUGGCGAAGUGCACUGCUGGAACAUGAAGUCGCAUUAAAGGAAUUAGUAACAAACAAUAUGGCAACUCCCCCAACAGCACUGCGAUUAAUGAAAACGUUUCAGACAUAUGAUGCCGUAACUCGUGUAGUGGAAGAUCAAUCACCAGAGUUAGCACAACUAAUGAAGAUGUUUCGUAUAGAGUUCAGUCGAGCCACCUUCACUCGCCAAAGUCUUGAUGCAGUGAUACCCCAACUCAGUACAAGUGUUACAAAUGGUAAUAAUAAUAAUAAGAACAACAACAACAACAAUAGUAAAAACAAUAAUAACACUUAUGUCAGCGUUAAUGAUGAUGAUACUCUUGCGGAUCGGGAGUUGGGACUGACGUACUUUGAACAGGUGGAUGUGCUACUGCGUGAGAAUGCGGCACUUCGCAUGGAAGUAGCACUUGGUAAUACCCGUGAGGCGAUGGCCACUCUUAGUAAGAAAGCAGAACGACUAGAAGAGAUGGUGGAUUACUAUGAGAAUGAAGUGGGUCGACUGGAGCGGGAGAAUGAACGCUCCGCUGAGAGUUACCGCAGAGCAAGAAAGGAACUGGAUGAACAACAACAACUUAACAUCCAAUUGAGAGACAGAUAUGAUGAUGAAAGACAGCGAUUACAACAGGAUAAUAAGGAUAUGCAAUUGCGAUUGUGUCGAUUACGAAAGUAUAUUGGCGAACGGGAGUCUACUGUAGUACGAGAUGCCUAUAAAUCCUUUAAAGAUAAGAAGAUUGGUGUGAUGACGCAAUUAUUUGAUGCGGGAGAUGAGCGGGUGGCGGUGUUAGUGAUGUUGAGUCAAUUAGAAAGUCGUGUGAAUGAAGCCCUGGAUGAAUAUGAUAAGGAAUUUCUUUUAUGUGAAGAGACCGAACGAGCAGAACAGCAGAAGCGUAUGUUAAGUGUGGUAUCGGUGUUAUUAGAAGAAAUGCAUCUAUCGGAGGAACGUUAUUUACGUCUCUUACCACACCGUAAACAAAUGCUCACAGGAGAGGAACAGGAUGAGACGGACGCCUAUGUUUCUCUCUUGACAGAUUCAAAAAUGUAUACGGCUCUCAUGGCCCGCGUGACUGCACAAGAAGAGAAAUUGGCCGCCACCGCUACCAACACAACACUUACGAAUAUCACUGCAGCCGCUGCAGGGACGUUAAUAGAUGGAGAGAUCACUACACCGCCGCAUAGUGGGAGUGAAGACACACUGGCGGUGAUGAGUAUACAUGGAAAUGAUGGGAAGGAAACAGAAGCCGGCGCUUCUCUCACUCCAUCCUCUGUGAACUCCAGUGCACAACUCUCACGCAUCUCAGAGAUUAAAUUUACGAAUAUGCGACAACGACGACAACAAAAGCAGAAGCAAGAAAAGGGAGGAGGAGGAGGAGGAGAGGAACAGUCAACUAGUAGAAAAGAAGAAAAAACUGAAAAGGAAGAAAAACAGCCACAAGAACAAGAACAACAACAACAACAACAACAACAGCCAGAGACAACAGAAGAAAGGAAAGAUUCACAAGAACAAACAGUACCUCAAGAAUCACCAGAAGUAGUAAUACAUGAGGCGACUGCAGAUGCGUUAUCUAUUGUAAAGCAAAAACAAAAGGAAUGGGUACUAAAUAUCUUUGGAGCCGCCGUAGAUACAACAAACCUUUUAAAACGCAUUAAAGAACACGGUGCUUGUGAAGGAAAUAAAACAGAACAAGAACAACUUUUACGUCAUUUCAUUUCUCAUCCAAUGUUAGAUGUCAGUAAUAAUAAAUUCCAAUGUGGGAUUGAUCUUUAUGCUGGACCAAGUCAACAAACUCAAGCCUUUCUCUGUUCCGUUAUGGAUAUUGAUCCGGUAUUACCUUUACAUAUCCCACAAGGAACAAACUUUAUGCAUGUAAAAUAUCGAAAUCCCAUGCGAUUAGAAACAACACGUGAAUUAACAGAUGAGGAAGCGGUAGCAGAAGCGGCAGCUGCGACGUUAACGGCUCUCGAUACUGUAGAUGAGUGGGGUGGGAGAACAUCUUUUAUGCGAACUCAAAAGAAUGAGAGUGAGACAUCACCUAUUCCGGAUCUUGUGCAGAACUCUACUAUCUUUAAUCAACUCACUCAAUCCACUGGGCAGAAGGCGGCAACGAAAGGAGCGGCCGCAACAUCCUCCUCUUCCACAGCGGCAACUGUGUUUGAGCGAUUAAAUCCACUUUCACCCAAUCGAUCACCGGAAUGGUUACUUUAUCAAAGUAUGUUUGGUGGAUAUAGACCACUUACACCACGUCUAAUAGAUAUGGCUUGUAUUGAUCAUAUUCUUUUAAAUUCAUGUGAACGUCACUUUGAUCGGGCAGAGGAACGAUAUAUGCGUUGUAUUAGACAAGCACGUGGUCGUGCGACAAAUACGCAAAUGACUUUAAAUAUGGCCGAACGUUUUUUUAAAGAAUCUUAUGUGUUAACAGAUUUCCAAGAAUCUAUUAUACGAGAGUUAGAAUCUCGUUACUGUUAUCCAGAAUUGGUGGCAAAAACUUUAUACGAAAUUCUUUGUUAUCUGGAUGCAACCAUGACCUCUCAACCAUUAGUGGAUUUAUAUCUUAGUUGUAUUCGAGGUUUUGAAUCUCCCACACGUAUUCAUUACAUUACUUUUGUAUUGAAUCAGUUAAGUAUUAAUUGGCCCUCAUCUAAUCCAGAUGAGGCGGUAUUAAAGGAUGAUGUACUUACACUGUUGGAGUAUAUUUAUAGAAGUUCAUCCCAAGUAACGGCGGUAGAUGCUAGUGAGAUUCUCACCGAAUAUCAAAUGGCCACACGAUCUGCUCCUAUUACUCUCACUUCAUUACGUCAAUACUUAGUAACGGCGAUGUUACACUUUGAAGAUCCAUUAUUGUUGUAUUUUAAUGGUUUACUGAGUUUCCGAGCCACCUCAAGUGCUGUUGUGGAAAUGAAUUAUGAACAAUUUGAAUUUGCCUUAAAGGAUAAAUGGGAGGAAAAGAUUGAGGGAAAGUUACUCAUUCGAUACCUUGCAGCAUCCUGUGGGUUUAAUAAGAAAGUAGAGCUUACAACGAAAGAAUUAGCCUGUGUUGCUGCCAGUAUGUGGAGCUCCAAAUUAUGGACGAAUAUGUAA